AUGUCGAAGCUAUCGGUUCUUCUCGACCCGAUAUUUUCCAAAAUUUUGGAAAAAUACGUAUAUUCUUGGUAUUCUUUAAUCAAUCGAGAAGAAAACGAACUUAUUUAUUGUCGUCUAAUAAUGGAAGAUAUUUGCCGUCAUCUGUUGCCUGCCGUCAAUGCUAAAAGUGAAAUUGAGUAUGUUAUAUUGAGGGAAGCCUUGGCUACUCAAGUUUACAAAGCUAUUCAAAACUUCUCUGAUCAUGAAAAAAUAUAUGGAGGCAUCCUUUUACUUUCAAAUGCUUUGCUACGCCCCUCUACAACUUCUUGGAGGCUCUCUCUUCAGCGUUUUUCUUGCUGGGUUGUACGAGCAAUAAAGAUCAUCUCCACCACCAGAACCCUUCCUUAUUAUUCUACUUCUUGGUUUCGAUUUUAUUUCCAGCUUUUCUCGAAACAAGUCAGUCAAAUUCCCUUUGACGAAACAAAGCGGCUGGUUUUUACAACUCUUUUCUACCCGUGGAUUGUACUGCUAUCCACCUUCUUUUUUGGUAUAUUAACUUGUUUUUUCAUCGCAACAGAAUUAUAUGACAAGGGGGCUUCUGAACGCUGGUCUGCUUUCGUACUAAACGAAAUAUCUGAAGCCGAAAAGAAGGGUGCUUCUGCGCAACAUAUGUCGCCAACCAUGGGUAAAGAUUUUCGAAGACAAAGUCAACCAUCUAUUGCCAACGUCUCACGAAAGGAACGCAGACAGUCGGUUGCGUCAAAAAGUCUACAUGAAUUGUCUACGAAAUAUAUUCGUUCUGAAGGUGCCGGCCAUCAGCAACCAAUGCUUUCUCCUGAGAGAAGAAAACCAAUGUCUUUCAUGGAUACUAUUUCUCCUGACAACAAUGCUUCUAUAGCUCUAUCAACAGUAACGUCUACUCCAGUUUUCUCGACAUCUCCAAGCCAAUCUUCCACUAGAACGCGCCAUAAUUUACUAUCUCUUGUUCCUACACAGUUGCAGAGUAUGUCAAAGGAGUCUUUAUCACCGAAAGCUACGCGUAAUCGAACAUUUUCGACUCCAGCCGAUACACACAAACGAGACUCAUCUUCAAGUAUGGAUAUGAUUGUUACAAAACAAGCUGCACUUGAAGCUUAUGCUAAGCUCCCUAUAUUGCCUUCAUUGGUUGCACCUGUUAAACUUGCAAGUUUGGUGGAUAGUGAUUACCGCAAUAAGCAUGUUUUUUAUUCCCUCUUAAAUACGUUAACUGUUGUGAUGUUUCCUGAAACUAGAAACGAAGAAUUAUGA